GUCAUGCGCAAACGCAUCACCAAGCCAAAAUAAAGAUAGCUUAAUUCAAUAAGUAAGCAUUGAUGGGCUUGAAAAUUCAUCAGUAUGAAUAUUCAAGACAAAAUAAAGUGGAAAAUGGAUAUAUCUCGUCAUUUGAAUAUUUUAGUCUGAGUUAUUCACAUUGUUGCUAGGUUCAAUUAGAUAAAGCACAUUUUAAGUUUAUAUAAAAUUGUUCAUACAUAUAUAUGUAAAUUGAAAACUACAUUGUGAUUUCUUCGUUUUAAAUUGAAGUUACUUAAUAAUUGUAGUAUUUUGUGUAAUAAUAACAGAUAUGAAUGGAGAAAUACCACCUAUCAAUCACAAUUUGCCAGUGGGGCAAGAUUCAUACCAGCCUUAUUAUAGUUACCAACAACAUCUUUCUCCCUAUACAUAUCCUCAAAAUACCUAUGAUGAAAUAAGUAGCUUACAGCAAACUCAAUCUAACAAUAUGAAUAUUUACAGUAACAGAUCACUAUCAUAUAAUAAUGGGUAUGCUGUUCAAUCUAAUAUUUCUUAUAUUAAUGGAUGCCCGCCUACACCUAGAAAUUUAACAAAUUGUGAAUUCAACAUGAAUGGCUUAGUUCAACCAUCAUCUGUUGUUUGUUUUAAUACAUCUCAAACCCCUCAAAAUUCUUAUAAUAAUGAUUAUAUAAAUAACGGUUUAGUUCAAAAUUUAGUUUCUGAUAAUACUAAUUUAACAUUAAAAAGGAAUUUUAGUCAGAUAAAUGUAGAUACUCAAUUUAAUAAUAAAUAUUCAUCUAUUCCGCAUUCACUUAAUCAUCAGUCAAAUGUUUACAAUAAAUUACAACCAGAUAUUUUUAGAGAAAAUGUUAAUCAUAGACAUUCUAUUAAAGAGAAACCACAAGAAGUUGAUGAGUGGUUUGAUUUAACCAAAAAAUUUUUGAGUUCUAAGUUAGAUACUUCUAUUGGAAAACGUUCAUGUGAAUCUAAUCACAAUCAUACUGAUUCCAAAUACAGGAGCCAUCCUCAUCUUUCAAAGCAUCAUUCAUUUAACAAAAGUAAACGUAAAGGUAUGAAGACUGCAGAAGAAUUAUCAGCAGAUUUAGAAAAAUUAUCAAAAAUGACUAUAGAUCAAAUAAUUAGUGCUGAAAAAAUAAUUUGGACUCGUUCAGCACCAGCCGAUUUAUAUUAUGAAAAACCUGAAGAUAAUCCUAAAAUUACUGUGGCUAGAGAUAAUGUUUUAAAAUUAUGUGAUGAAUUUGAUGCUAUUUUAGGCAAACGUGCUUCUGCUAUAAAUGCUUUGAAACCUAUUUACAGUAAACCAAGAAAGAGUAAUGUCAAAAUUCAUAAACACAAAUGCUCAGGUAAUAAUUGUUCGGAAGAUGAUUCUAGUUCUUGUAAUGAAAAUGAUGAAGAUGAUGAAGAUUCUACUAUGAAAGAAUUAGAUAGGAAAAGUGCUCAUCCUGAUAGACUUCAUCCUGAAUUAUGGUACAAUGAAUGGGGAGAAAUGAAUGACGGACCAAUGUGUAAGUGUAGUGUCAAGUCUCAAAGAUCUGGUAUUCGACAUAACAUUUAUGUUGGAGAAGGACCUUUUGAACCUUGUUCUCCUUACUCCAAUAAUUCCAAUAAACUUUAUCAUUAUAGAAUCACUAUAACACCACCAACUAAUUUUUUACUUAAAUGUCCAACAAUUAUAACACAUGAUAACCAAGAUUUUAUUUUUGAAGGAUUUUCAAUACUAUCACAUUAUCCUAUUUCAACAUUACCAACUUGCAAAGUUAUUCGUUUCAAUACAAAUUAUGCAAUUUUAUAUGUUGAAGAAAAAAUCCCUGAUAAUUUUAUCAUAAAAGAAUUGCAAUUAUUUUAUGAUUAUUUAUUUAAAGAUAUUUUAGAAUUAGUUGAUUUAGAUUUGCAUGCUGUUGAAAAUAAAAAUGGCUGUCCUCAAUUCCAUUUUAUGCCUCGUUUUGUUCGAGAUCUUCCUGGAAAUGGAAAAGAAAUACUAUCAAUGAAUGAAGUUUUAAAAUACCUUUUAAAUAACAAUAAAUUGCUAUUUGAAGAACAUAGUCUUCCAGAAUUAAAAAACAUGUCUAUGUAUGAAUGGCAAAAUAUUGUUGAUGAAUACAAAGGCAUGGUAGUUACCAAUCCUGGAUCUAAACCCUGUUCAAUACGCGUGGAUCAAUUAGAUCGAGAUGCUGUCAAUGAAACAAAUGAAAAAAACUGUAAUGAUGGAUAUCCUGUUAUAGUUCAUUUUGGCAUCCGACCUCCUCAAUUAAGUUAUGCUGGAAACCCAGAUUAUCAGAAGGGAUGGCGUGAUUAUGUAAAAUUUAGACAUCUUUUGGCAAAUAUGCCCAAACCAUCAUUUGAAGAUAAGAGAAAAUUAGAAAUUAAAGAAAGAGCUUUACAAGAGAUGAGAUCUCAUAAUAAAAUGAAACGUGGUGUGACUGCUGCAGUGUCUAGUAAAGGAUUUUAUAAAACUGGUCUUAUGUGUGAUAUUGUACAGCAUGCAAUGCUAUUGCCAGUACUUGUAUGUCACUUUAGAUUUCAUAAAUCAUUAGAGUAUCUUGAGAAAACUCUAGAGUAUAAAUUCAAAAAUAAAUACUUAUUGCAACUAGCAUUAACACAUCCAUCAUAUAGAGAAAACUUUGGUACAAAUCCUGAUCAUGCCAGAAAUACAUUAACUAAUUGUGGUAUUAGACAGCCAGAAUACGGGGAUAGGCGUAUACACUACAUGAAUACACGGAAAAGGGGUAUUAAUACUCUUAUAAAUAUAAUGUCUCGGUUUGGCAAAAAAUCAGAAAUGGAAUCAAAUAUUAUGCAUAAUGAACGUUUGGAAUUUUUAGGUGAUGCUGUUGUUGAAUUUGUAUCUUCUAUUCAUCUUUUUAAUAUGUUUCCUGAUAUCGAAGAAGGUGGCUUAGCAACAUUUCGUGCAGCAAUAGUUCAAAACCAGCAUCUUGCUGUUUUAGCAAAAACACUAAAACUUGAUGAUUUUAUGCUAUAUGCUCAUGGCUCAGACUUAUGUCAUGAUUCUGAACUCAAACAUGCUAUGGCAAAUUGUUUUGAAGCUUUAAUGGGAGCAUUAUUUUUAGAUGGAGGAAUUGAUGUAGCUGAUCGUGUUUUUGGAAAAACAUUUUUUCAUGAUUCACCUGAACUCCUUGAUAUAUGGGUUAAUUAUCCAAAGCACCCAUUACAACAACAAGAACCUAAUGGUGAUCGUAAAUGGAUAAAAACUUUACCUUUACUUCAAAAAUUAACUAAGUUUGAAGAUUCUAUUGGUAUUAAGUUCAACCACAUAAGAUUAUUAGCUAGGGCAUUUACUGACAGAAGUGUUGGUUUUACAAAUUUAACUCUAGGUUCCAAUCAACGUCUUGAAUUUUUAGGUGAUACUGUUUUACAAUUGAUUGCGUCAGAUUACUUGUAUAAAUAUUUUCCAGAACACCAUGAAGGUCAUCUUUCUCUUUUACGUAGUUCAUUAGUAAAUAACAGAACACAAUCUGUGGUAUGUGAUGAUUUAGGAAUGGUAAAUUAUGCACUUUAUGCUAACCCCAAAGCUGAACUUAAAACUAAAGACAGAGCUGAUUUGUUAGAAGCAUUUUUGGGAGCUUUGUACAUUGAUAAGGGUCUAAAGCAUUGUCAAGCUUUUUGUAAUGUUUGUUUUUUUCCUCGUCUUCAUGACUUUAUAUUAAAACAAGAUUGGAAUGACCCAAAAUCAAAAUUGCAACAAUGUUGUUUAACAUUGAGAUCUGUAGAUGGUGGUGAACCUGAUAUUCCUGUUUAUAAAGUUAUAGAAUGUAUGGGACCUACCAAUGGAAGGAAGUAUACAGUGGCUGUAUACUUUAAAGGAGUUAGAUUAUCACAGGCAACUGGGCAUAGUAUUCAAAGAGCUGAAAUGAAUGCUGCAAACAGUGCUUUGGAGGUUUCUAAAGAUUUGUUUCCACAACUAGAUCAUCAAAGACGAGCAAUUUCGAGAAGUCUAAGACAUCAAUGUAAAUCAUCUGAUGGACAAACAAAUAUUGAUGAUAUUAUAAAGAUAUUAGAAUCCAAAUCAUUAAAAAACGAAACAAAAAUGAGCAAAUUAGAUUGGGCCAAAAGAAAACUCCAAAGAAAACUAUUAGCAGUUUUAUGUUCUAAUAAAAUAGAAGAUAAUGAAGAAACCGAUGAACCAAAAAAGAAAAAACAAAAAAAAAAUUAAUAAAGAAGGCAAUCUUUGUGGUUUUACGUUUUAGUGUAAAUUGUUAUUUUAUGUUAUUGUUUCAUUACACCUAAAUGUGAGACCUCGACGAUUGUGUCAUAGUUGCACUGAUUAAAUACUCAUAUUUUUAAUCUUAUGUUUCUAACUAUAUUAUAAAUUAUAUAAAGCAUACAUCUAUAUUUAUGUGUGUAAUAAAUCGCCUGACUAGUUGUUUAUGAAUUAGUACUUAAAUAAGCAUACAAUUAGUCUUUAUUAAUAGAUUAUAAAAAAAUAACUAGUCUUUUAUGAUUUAAUAUAAAUAUUACUAGCCAUCUUUAAAUUGAAUAUUAUAAUGUAUAGAUUUUAUUAUCUAGGAUUACUUUUUCUGUUUGUUUAUUUAUUUUUUAUUAUAUUUUUAAACUCAUUAUUCCUUACUUAAAAAUGAUUGUAACAAAAAAAAAAAAUAGAUUUACAAAUCUUAAGAUAAUUUAGUAGUUUUAAAUUGACCAUUUAAAAAAAUCUAAUCAUGGGUCAAAUAUUCAGUUUAAUUUAUCUAUAAUUACUUAAUAAUUUAUUUAAAACUCAGUUUUGUCAUAUUUAUGUGCUCGGGGUAUCAGGGUGUUUCCUAACAAUUUAUUUUAAAUUAAUUUUUGUAAACAUUGUUUUAAAUUUGCUAACCUUUAUUGUAUUGUUUCAGAACUAUAAUGACGUUUUUAUUUUUAUAAAAAAUUAUAAUUUAAUACAUGAAACUCACUAAAAUAAUGUUUUUAUUUAAUGUUUAAAAAAAAAAAAAUUUUUUUCUGUGUAUUGCAUUAAAAUAAAAAAAUAAUGUAUUUAUGUUAUAAUAGUAUGGCUGAUGUAUAUAUUCAAAACAUUUUUAUCCAAAUUUAUCAUUAUAAUUCAACUUAAAUAUUUUAUUAACUAAUUGUUGUUACUACUUUUUGUAUUUUCAUUUUUUUUUUGCAAAUCUACUACAUUAAUAAUAAAUAUUGCAAAUUUUUGUUUUGUUUAUUAAAAAAAAUAUUGAGUAAUACGAUUAUUGUAAUUUUUGUAAGCAAAGUACUUAUAUUAUUUCAUACAUGAAUUUUAUCUAUUUUUUUUAAUGUAAAUAAAUUUCAACACUUUAAAAUGCUACCAAU